CCAGUAGCUAGCACCUAGCAGUAGUACUCCACUUGCCCCAGUAGUAACUGCCUGGAAACUUCCGGAAGCAUCGAUCUGGAGAGAGAGAGAGAGGGGCAGCCAAGAUUGAAGCGCACGAUAGUACGAACGCGCACAAAUCCCGCCCCUCCUCUCCUCCUCCCCGAACCGCAGGAACGCGAUUUGAAUCGAUCGAUCGAUCGAUCUCAUCUCCCCCCUUUCGCCUGAGAUCUGCAGCAAACGGCUGAUUUGUCCCCGCUGAUGGAGGAGACCGCGACGGCGGCGGCCGCGGCGGAGAAGGCGUCGUCGUAUAGGUACUGGGUGCGGGAGGCCACCGGGGACGCCGCGCCGCUGCCCGUCCCCCGCAAGCUCGACGCGACCGCCGCCGCCGCCGCCAACGGGAACGGCAACCCGCCGCCGCUCGGCUCCGUGUGGAAUCAGGCUGGAACCUGGGAGGAAAAGAACCUCAAUUCAUGGGCUAACAGUAGGAUAAAGGAAAUGUUGGGUUCUUUAGAUUCGCUAGAAUUCCCUACAGGGAAGGCAUCUCUUGAUGGAGUGUCUAAAUGCAUUGGUGAUGCCUUUCUAGUCACCGUUCGUAAUAAGAAGAGAGUAGGGUAUACCUAUGAACUAAGCUUGAAAUUUAAGGGUGAAUGGUUAAUUAAAGAAGAAAAGAUGAAGGUCAAAGGCCAUCUGGACAUUCCUGAGUUUUCUUUCGGUGAGCUGGAGGACUUGGAGGUAGAAGUAAGGUUUACCGAUGACAAGGGCCUCGCAUCCGACGACAAGAGGCAGAUUUGCAAGGACCUCAAGUCCUUCCUUUCACCUAUCCGGGAGAAACUGCGCGCAUUCGAAGAAGAGCUCAAGGAUAGGUAACAGAAAAUGCCAUCAAACCGGCAGCAUCAGCAAGGCAAGUAAUUGCCCUGCUUUCCCAAUAUUAGCGUCGAAUCAUGUAACGUUGUAACGGCAGCAGAAUGAUCAUCUGAGUUUGAUAUUCAUGCCUUGUUAGAUCACUUAAGGUCCCAUAUUUUUCGCAAUAUCCGAUCGCAUGUAACUGCGACUGUAUGUUGUAGACACUUUGUUGUAAACUCCGGUCGUCCAGAUGAAUAUGAAGUUAUGAACUGUCAAAAAAACAAAAUAUUAUCCUGUCUGCUUUUUCACGAAUGUUA